AUGAAUUCCGUGGCUGGAAAUAAGGACCGGAUUGCCGUCACGGCGCGGAGCAGAAAAUACGGGGUGACCGACCCCUGCUCCCCCACCAAGCCCGCCGCCCCCUUCUCCCCCGAGAGCUGGUACCGGAAGGCGUACGAGGAGUCCCGGGCAGGGAGCCGCCCGGCCCCGGAGGGAGCGGGCUCUGCCCUGGGCUCCUCCGGCACCCCGUCCCCCGGCUCCGGCACCUCUUCCCCGGGCUCCUUCACCGGCUCGCCGGGACCCGCCUCGCCCGGCAUCGGCACCAGCUCCCCCGGCUCUCUGGGCGGCUCGCCGGGCUUCGGCACCGGCUCUCCGGGCUCCGGCAGCGGCGGCGGCUCCUCGCCGGGCUCGGACCGCGGCGUGUGGUGCGAGCACUGCAGCGCCCGCCUGGCGGAGCUGAAGAGGCAGGCCAUGAAGCUCCUCAUCCCCGGGCCCGUCAGCAGCAAGGACCCAGGUUUCUCUUCGGUGAUUCACGACAAGCUCCAAGUUCCCAAUACCAUUCGUAAGGCAUGGAAUGAGAAGGACAAUAGAUGUGACGUUUGUGCCACGCACCUGAACCAGUUGAAGCAAGAGGCCAUUCAGAUGGUGCUGACCUUAGAGCAAGCUGACAACUCAGAACAUUAUGAUGCCUCACCAGGCUCUCCCCCACCUCUCUCCAAUAUCCCCACGUUAGUGAGUCCCCGGCACAUGGGCAGCCUGCAGCCCAGGGACUGGGCAUACAUGCCUGCUCCUUAUGCUACAUCAAAUUAUACAGGCUUUGUUGCCAACAAACACGUUGGCAAACCCAACAGUCUAGGAAUUGUCAACGGGGUGGAGAAGAAAAAUGGCUCUCCUGGACACCAAGCUAAGGUCAGUUUUCAAAUGGCCACUAGCCCCAGCAAUGGUAAUGUUCUCAACUCCGUAGCAAUCCAGGCUCAUCAGUACCUUGACGGCACCUGGUCUUUGUCAAGAACGAAUGGCGUCACUCUAUAUCCCUACCAAAUAUCGCAGCUUAUGACAGAGACUAAUCGAGAGGGCCUGACUGAAGCAGCAUUGAACCGCUACAACGCAGAUAAACCUUCCUUGUACAGCUUCCCUGCUUCCCAGAGCACAUACGUUGCCAGUGAAGUAUCCACAGGCACCUCGGUCGCAGCAUCAUUUUUUGCCAGAGCCGCUCAGAAAUUGAACCUGUCUUCCAAAAAGAAGAAACACAGGCCUUCUGCAUCAUCUGUUCCUGAAUCUCCUCUCUUCUCCACCAGCUUCAGCAGCAUCCUUCAGACUUCCCCACCCCCUGCACCGCCAUGUUUGUUAAGGGCAGUCAGCAAAGUGAAAGACACGCCUGGUCUGGGCAAGGUCAAAGUCAUGGUGCGCAUUUCUUCCACCCUUGCCAGAGACACGUCUGAGUCCAGCUCUUUCUUAAAAGUUGAUCCCCGUAAGAAGCAAAUCACGCUGUAUGACCCAUUGGCCUGUGGAGGUCAGAAUGCUUUCCAGAAAAGGGGCAACCAGGUUCCACCCAAGAUGUUUGCUUUUGAUGCAGUUUUCCCCCAAGAUGCAUCACAGGCUGAAGUAUGUGCUGGGACUGUGGCUGAGGUGAUCCAGUCUGUUGUCAAUGGGGCAGAUGGCUGUGUGUUCUGCUUUGGCCAUGCCAAGCUUGGGAAAUCGUACACCAUGAUUGGGAAAGAUGAUUCCAUGCAGAACCUUGGCAUAAUCCCUUGUGCCAUCUCCUGGCUCUUCAAGUUGAUUAAUGAACGCAAAGAGAAGACAGGAGCCCGCUUCUCUGUCCGAAUUUCUGCAGUGGAGGUGUGGGGGAAAGAAGAAAACCUGAGAGACCUGUUGUCAGAAGUGGCUACAGGCAGCCUGCAAGAUGGCCAGUCCCCGGGUGUCUACCUUUGUGAAGACCCCAUUUGUGGCAUGCAGCUUCAGAACCAGAGCGAGCUCCGCGCCCCGACGGCGGAGAAGGCCGCCUUCUUCCUCGAUGCUGCCAUCGCCUCACGCCGCAGCAGCCAGCGGGACUGUGACGAGGAGGAUCACCGCAACUCCCACAUGCUCUUCACUCUGCACAUCUACCAGUACCGCAUGGAGAAAAGCGGCAAGGGUGGAAUGUCUGGAGGUCGGAGCCGCUUGCACCUUAUCGACCUGGGUAGCUGUGUGAAAGUGCUCAGCAAAAACCGGGAGGGAAGCUCUGGCCUCUGUCUCUCAUUGUCCGCACUGGGGAACGUCAUCCUUGCCCUUGUCAAUGGAAGCAAGCACAUCCCAUACAAAGACAGCAAGCUCACCAUGUUGCUUCGGGAGUCCUUGGGGAAUAUGAACUGCCGCACCACGAUGAUAGCUCACAUUUCAGCUGCUGCGGGGAACUACGCUGAGACGCUGUCCACCAUCCAGAUUGCAUCAAGGGUCCUCAGGAUGAAGAAAAAGAAAACUAAGUACACAUCGAGUUCUUCUGGAGGAGAGAGCUCUUGUGAGGAGGGCAGGAUGCGGAGGCCAACCCAGCUGAGGCCUUUCCAUUCUAGAAACACUGUUGACCCAGACUUCCCUAUUUUGCAUUUAUCAAGUGAUCCUGAUUAUUCAUCCAGCAGUGAGCAGUCGUGUGACACAGUGAUUUACGUUGGCCCCAAUGGCACUGCCCUUUCUGAUAAGGAACUGACAGAUAAUGAGGGUCCCCCUGACUUUGUUCCCAUAGUUCCUGCUCUGCAAAAGACCAAAACCGAGAGCAGGUUGGAGGAAGUUAGUGAAUCAGGGCCCAGCACAUCUGAAAGAGACUGCCUGAAGUGCAACACCUUUGCAGAGCUCCAGGAGAGGCUGGAUUGCAUAGAUGGCAGUGAAGAGACAGACAAAUUUCCUUUUGAAGAGGUGCCUGCUCAAUUUAGCUCAGACCAGAUGUCUAAGUGUUCUGUCUCAAGCCAGCUGGCAGAGCUUAGCCACUUACCAGAGUCAGAUAAGGAAGAUACAAUGCCAGAAUGUCAGCAUCCUGAAAGAGAAGCCAAGGAAAAUAUAAAUGCAACACCCAGCAAAACUAAGAGAAAUCAUUCCCCUGUUCCUUCUGGAGCGCUUACUAAUGUUUCAACUCCGUCUUCUCCCAGGAGUGUAACAGGCAGCUCUAGUAAAGAGCUUAGCUCUUGUCAGUUAGCACAUAGCACCAGCUUGCAGAGCAGCAGAGAAGGUCUCAACAGCUGUGGAUUUGUGGAAGGCAAACCUCGACCGAUGGGUUCGCCCCGGCUUGGCAUUGCAAGCCUUUCAAAGACAUCUGAGUACAAGCCACCAACUUCUCCAUCCCAGAGGUGCAAGGUCUAUACACAGAAAGGAGUCCUGCCCAGCUCCACUCCUCCACCAGCUCCCCUGAGUAAGGAUACUGGGAUGAUGUCUAGUGAAUCUUUAUUGCAGCCAGAAAUCCGGACGCCACCUGUAGGCAUGAGCCCUCAGAUCAUGAAGAAAUCAGUGUCCUCCAGCAAUGGAGAUUUUGAAGAGACCAUUCUUGGUGAAGAUCAGCAACAAAGCAUUUCUCCAGAAUCCAAGAAGGAGAUUCUAAGCACCACCAUGGUGACUGUGCAGCAGCCGCUAGAGCUGAAUGGAGAGGAUGAGCUGGUGUUCACGCUUGUAGAAGAGCUAACCAUUAGUGGCGUCCUUGACAAUGGGCGCCCAACCAGUAUCAUCAGUUUUAACAGUGACUGCUCUGUUCAGGCUUUGGCCUCUGGGUCUAGGCCAGUCAGUAUUAUCAGCAGCAUAUCUGAAGAUCUUGAAUGUUACUCCAGUGCAGCUCCUGUGUCUGAAGUCAGCAUCACACAGUACCUUCCACUUCCAAAAUUGGGCCUGGAUGACAAAUCCCAGGAUGAUGGAAGCAGGCGCUCAUCCAUCAGCUCAUGGUUGAGUGAAAUGAGCACAGGGAGUGAUGGUGAACAGUCGUGUCACAGCUUCAUAGCCCAGGCAUGCUAUGGGCAUGGGGAAGCAAUGGCAGAACCCCCUGUCUCCGAGUUUGCGAGCACCAUACAAAGUGCCAGCAUGAUUUGUGUGAGUGACAAACAGAAGCCAGUGACUGACAACAUGCUUAUACUGUCAGAAAUGGGGGAGGAAGCUUUCGGCAAAGUGCCACCUAUCAAAGGCUGUAAAAUUUCAGCUCUAGGGAAAACUACUGUCACAAUUAAAAACACUGCAAGCCUCAGCAGCUGUGAAGGCUACAUCCCAAUGAAGACAAACAUUACCGUGUAUCCAUGUAUUGCCGUUAAUCCCUUCAAAGCACAAGACACUGAUGAUGCUGUACCAGCAGUAGCUGCAGACUCAAAGGUUGCUCAUCCCCAUGAUGGGAAAGAAUCCAGUGCUAAGAAGGAUAUAAAAUUUGAAGACCCUUGGCUGAAGAGAGAAGAUGAUGUACAAAAGGACAGCUCUGGGAGCAGUGAUGGGCCAAGGCCUGACACGGCCACAGUUUCAGCCAAGGCUGAGCACAGCACAAAGCAGUUCUCAGUGGACAGGUUUAGCAGCAGCAGCAGCGGGGACACCUCUAUCUCCCCAGGAUCUGACAGUCUAAAGAGGAUUGUGGAUGGGUGUGAGGUGGCAGCAUCCAGCUCUGCAACCCAAAGCCCUGUUCAUUCCAGUGACAGCUUGAAGAAUGGCAGCCUCCCUCGAGGGUUCCCAAAGGCAAGCAAGCCGGAGGAGCCUGACAGUCACCUCCACCCUACUGCCACUGACGCCAGUGGAGUCAGCUCUCCUGUCCUCCCCCAGUUUCCUAAGGCUAGCCUUGACAAGAAAAUGGCCUCUCCCAAACACUGUGUCCUCUCUCGUCCCAAAGGGACCCCUCCCCUGCCACCGGUGAGAAAGUCAAGCUUGGAUCAGAAGAACAGAGCCAGCCCGCAGCACAGUGCAGCCAGCAGCACCACGAGCAGUCCCUCCAGCCAGCCUGGCUCCUUCCUGGCCAGCUUCCCGGAGGAGCUGAAUGCCAAACAGAAGGGCCCUGGCAUCGACAGCAGUAGCAGCAACAGCAGCAGCAAGCUCUUCAGUGCCAAACUGGAGCAGCUCGCCAGCAGGACCAACUCCCUCGGGAGGUCCACGGGAAGCCACUAUGAGUGUUUGUCGCUGGAAAGAGCAGAAAGCCUGUCCUCUGUGAGCUCCAAAAUGAGCCCUGGCAAAGACACCACCAUGCCUAGGGCCGGAAGGAGCCUCAGCCGCAGUGUCAUGUCCUCACCCACCAACUCGGGCCUCUCCCAGUCCACAGGUGCCUCCCCAAAAGCCAGCCAGUCAAAGAUCUCUGCAGUCAGCAAGCUCCUGCUGGCGAGCCCCAAGGCCCGCAGCCUGUCUGCCUCUGCCACCAAAACGCUCAGCUUCUCGACCAAGUCUCUGCCUCAGUCCGUAGGGCAGAGCUCCAGUUUGCCUCCAAGUGGGAAGAACAUGUCCUGGUCAACACAGUCCCUCAGCAGAAACCGGGGCUCCAGCCUUGCUUCCAAAUUGCCCCUUCGGGCCGUCAAUGGGCGGAUUUCAGAGCUGCUCCAAGGGAGUGCCAGUGCCAGAGGCUUACAGGCACGGGGAAGCUCAGAGGCAGAGGAGCGCGGGAGCCUUCCCGGAGAUGAGAAGCCAACUGUUCACAUGCUGCCUUCACCUUACAGCAAGAUCACGCCUCCUCGGAAACCACACCGCUGCAGCAGCGGCCACGGGAGUGACAACAGCAGUGUCCUGAGUGGGGAGCUGCCCCCCGCCAUGGGGAAAACAGCCCUGUUCUACCACAGCGGGGGGAGCAGUGGCUACGAGAGCAUGAUGAGGGACAGCGAGGCGACAGGGAGUGCCUCUUCAGCACAAGACUCCAUGAGCGAGAACAGCAGCUCCACAAGCAGCAGGUGCCGAAGUCUCAAAAAUCCAAAGAAACGAUCAAAUGCAGGUUCACAGAGACGGAGGCUUAUUCCAGCUCUAUCACUUGAUACCACUUCUCCAGCAAGGAAGCCUGCCAACAGCCCUGGCAUCCGCUGGGUGGAUGGGCCCCUACGAAGUGGGCAGAGGGGGCUGGGGGAGCCCUUUGAGAUAAAAGUCUAUGAGAUAGAUGAUGUGGAGAGGCUCCAGCGGCGACGAGGUGGGGACAGCAAGGAGGUGAUAUGUUUCAAUGCCAAGCUGAAAAUCCUGGAACAUCGCCAGCAGAGAAUUGCUGAGGUCAAGGCCAAGUACGAAUGGUUAAUGAGAGAACUGGAGGUGACCAAGCAGUACCUGAUGCUGGAUCCUAAUAAAUGGCUCAGUGAAUUUGAUCUGGAGCAGGUAUUUGAGCUGGAUUCUCUGGAAUACCUGGAGGCCCUGGAAUGUGUGACUGAGCGUUUGGAAAACCGUGUCAACUUCUGCAAGGCCCAUCUCAUGAUGAUCACCUGCUUUGAUAUCACCUCUAGACGCCGAUAAAGUAUGAACCUCAAGAGAAUUUCAAUGCGCAUCUCUGCCAUCCUCCUUUUCCCUUCUGAAUAGCAUCCCAAAGACAACAGAAUGAGGAUGAAGGUUGGAGUCAAGUCUCAACUGUGUGUAUGAGAGAUUUGCUAUACUAGACAGAAGAGUAGUAUUAAAAAAAAAAACACCACAGGACGAGCGUGAAAAAUGGAGAUAUAAGGUUGUUGAUUCUCUUAGCCUAAAAGAGCACUUUGAGGACAUUAAGGACAUGUCUGUAAAUAAGAACUGCUGGCAGAAGACACUUCUUUCCCUGCAUUAGCUGAGGGAGGAGGAAAGGUGGCUGUAGGACUUCCAUUGAGAGGUUCAUUAAAAAAAAACUCUCCAGAAAAACUGUUUAAGUGCCUUGCAAAUCUUUAUUAUCCAAACAUUUAUGUUCAUAGUUUAUUGUGUACAGAUGGUGCUAGUCAAGAAAAGAAAAAGGAAAAAAACAAACACACUUUUGAAAUGUAUUUACAGCUUGUUUUUCUCUUGGUGUUUUCUCCUAUUUCAGACUUGCUGUUUCUAAGUAACUUGUGUUUGUAGAGAUAUUUCCUAAUCAGUACAACUUAUGAAUAAAUGUUAACUGUCUUUUCUUGUUACCAGAGUAAGGGCACUCAAAGAGAAAUUCAGCUUUCCCAGAUGACACAAAAAAUAUUUCUAGCAGUGAGUAAGGUUUGCUUAUAUAUUCUUCUCUACUAUCUUACGUGCUGGAGGACACAGUAACUUUCCCAGCCCAUAGGUUCUGCAAUGUAUGAGAGAGGAAAGGUGACAUUACAGUGACAUAAAUAUCUUUUCCAUUUGAUCCAACCCCCAUAACUUGUUUUCUUGUUCAUGUAUUUUUAGCUUCAUACUGGCUAGAGUUAUGGAUGAGAAGGCACUUUUAUCCUAACCCCUUUUUCUGGUGCUAAUAACUUUCUAGAAAAUUACUCUUUAGGCUGAGAGCUCCCAUGCUUAUCAGUCCAAAAAUGGGUGAUUUAUUCUGUCUUUCUUUCUUGAGACUAUGAUUGAUAAAAUUUAGCUUCACCUCUUUUUGACAUAUACCACUGCAAAACAUGUUUUGGCAGCUUUUGAUCCCUGGCCCAGUCUGUCUGUAGUCACAGACAUACCUGAGAAGUGCAGGCUCUGCUCAGCUCAGCAUGUUUGGAAAUAAAUGGGAGUCGUGAGUGAGUGGAUAUAGCACUUCAGGCGUGUUGAUUAUGGCAUUUUCCUUAUUUUCCUCCAGUAUUGAAGCCAUGGCAAAAUUCACAUUGACAUCAAAAGGACAAGGGUCUGUGCCUCAAUGCACAGACCAAAUAAAUGUUCUACUUGCUUGCGUUUAUCUACAAAGCAGUAUGUGAGAAGGAACAUCCUUUGUGUUAAAGAAAUGUGCAAAAUCUGUAUUUUAAUUACAUAUGAGCAUGAAUAAUUAUUUUGUUGAAUUAGAUUUCUUCUUCUAUAUUGAAAUAAGUACAUUCACAAAAAUUCCUCUCACAUACAGUUGUGCUACCCUCCUGUUGAUUAUGAGAAAAUAAGAGCAAUAUUUAACAUAUACUCAAUAUGCAUCAAUUUACUGCUGUACUUAAAUGCAACUCUUCUUUUACCUGCACCAUCAUAUUAAUUCCAUCUUACAGUAGCCCAAGCAGCAAGUCCCAAUGGAAAAAUAACCCUACAUAAAUGCUGACAGAUUUUCUAAUGGUUAGCUAAAAAAACGGUUGUUUUUUUUUUAAACAAAGCCAUAACAUUUAUGUUGUUUUUUUUUCUUUUAAUACUCUGCAACUUGUAAUAACAAAUCUUAUUCAUUUUAUUAGCCUUGUCACUGGAUUUUGUAAAAGAUCCUUCUUAACAUCCCGUAGGAUAAUUUGGAUGGAAAAAAGGUCCUGUAUGAAAGUCUCUUUCUAGUCUGUUCCACAGCAUUUUCUCAUCAUGAGACUCAUAUUCCAAGUAAGUAUUAAAGACAUAGGUCUGAUCUCUCUUCCCUUUUCUCUCAAAUCCCAGACAAUGCGAUUGUUUCUCUUUGUAAUGAUUUCAGUAGCACUUGUUACGUAUCAGUUCUUUCGAGGCUAUCUCUUCUCUGCAAAGCCCUAUGAAUUCAGUAUGACUCCACAGAGCCAUGGAAAUUGCCCCUGCAGUUUUGUGCUGGAUGAAAACCUAGUGCCGUUGGGAUAUGGAGUGCCUCUUUCUUUAUGGGCUGAGUCCCACCGAGCCCCAGGUACACACUGCCAGGUCACACACACACAGGAGAGAGACUUUCCCAGCCAUUCCCAUCUCUCACUCGCCUGCCUCCCCAGGCCUGUACUGCUCUCACCUGUGACACUGUGCUGAGCCCGUCUCCAGGCCAUACCCCCUCCUUCAAGGAAAAAACACCCCCCCACCCACGCUGUGAACAUGAAAUUAAAUGUUGCCUUCUUUAAGCUUGAGCAUUUCUGAAAAUAUGUUUGCUGGAAGGUGGUCAUUGGGUAAUUCUGACACAUUGUCCCUCCUCUGCUGAAAACAAGCAACUCAAAAUGAGUGUGUUGGGCUCCCUGGGAGCCUACGGUGAGAUGGUAAAUGGCAAGUGGCACAGUAAAAGUAAACACACGCUUGAUAGAAAGAAAGCAAAAUCCUAGCAAAUGGUGCAUGCACAGAAUGCAUUAUUAUCAAGAGAUGCCCUCUCACAUAGUCUGGGACUUGCAAAGAAGUGGUGAUGUUUCUAUAAAUCAAGUGGACACAUUUUAGAGCGACUGUAUAAUAUCUAUUACAUGUAAUAUUCUUCAGCAUCAUUAACUCAAUUAGUCAUUGUCUCUAGAUUUGGUAUUUCUGUAGAUUAGGAAACAUAGCAAAAAGUGUGUCUAUCUAGCCAUUAUUUUAAAAAGUGAGAGCGUAUGUUUGCCCUCUUUAUCACAAUGGACCAAAAUUGAUUCCUGAAGCCAAAUGGAUUAUGCCAAGGAUGAAUUUGGCAUACUGAAAAUACUAACCGAAGCAGAGUCAAAUAUUGCAAAUAUUUUAUUUCUGAGGUCUUAAUUAGAGUGGCCAUUGACACUCCCAUCAUAUAUUCAUAUCCUAAAAUCCAUACUCAUCUUCUCUUUUUUGACUUUCUGUCAGUGCAUUUCAGAGUUUGCCACUAUUUUGGGGAAUUGUGGUGGCUUAAUGCGUAAAAGGGAAUGAAAAUUUGUGGAGAUUUGACAUCUGCAAAAUGUUUUCUCAUUGAAAACCGCUUUUUACUUAAGAAUUUAUAUUUUUAUACUUCAAAUAUCUGCAAAACAGGUAAUUGAAAGCAUCAGGGCCUUAUUAUGAAAUUGAUCUUCGUUUAAGAUAGGUAGCACCUUAUAGAAGACCCGUGCACUUCUGCAGGUCAUCCAGGAGGUCUCAUUCUUUAAUCAAUUGCCAGUGAAAUGCUGUUUUUAUCCUGAUUUUUUGAAAGACAUCAAGUUGCCUAAAAUACACAUAAGCAACGUGAAUGGACAUCUUAAUCAUUUGCACAUUCAGAAAUCAGUCUUAUUUCCCUGGGACAGCUUUGGCAGGAAACAGCAAUUUAAAGGUAAUUAGGUUUGAAGGUUAAUUCUUUGUUCACAUGUGUGACAGGAGAUCCCAGUUCUCCAUUGUCAGGUUGUGUGACGGCUGCAGAAUAGCACCACUGCUGCUCAUCCCCACCUCUGCCCUCAGGCACGGGCAGCUGGGGCAGUUUGGGCCUCAUCCUGAGAACUGCUCAGCUUGGCACACAUAAACCUUAUUUAUACAAGGGACAGAACUUGCUUUAUAGCCACAAAUUUAAGUGAAACCUUAAACGGGAGAGUUUGGCUGCGAUCUGGAUUCAGACAUCCCACUGAUCAGUGUGAGCUCUUGCAGCGGGCAGAAAGCCAUGGGUCACACACCCACUGACUCCAGAUACUGGGUCACUUUGUAUCCUAGAGGGUGUGGAAGAGCCCUGAUUCCCAGUCCAUUUGUCAUAACGACACAUGUCUUUUCUCCUGCCGUGCAUGUCUUGUAUCUCCCUCAAGUUGUCAGUUGUCAAUUCACUUAGAUCUAAGCAAUCAGAAGUAUUUCACAGAAAGGCAAGGAAGCAAACUGAUUUCCAGGCUCUCCUUUCUUAGCUCUUCAGUGGGCAUAUUCUCAUCUUGCCUGUGCAGGCAUAAAGGAGCCACAAUUGUAUUAUAAAGUCUGGAGAGUUAUAGCAGAGUAAAUCCAGUUGCAUGGAAAAGGAAAUUUCAUCCACCUGCCAUUUCUGGGUAUUUAGUGUGCUGCUAGAUAUGUAGUCAAAGAGUAUGUUCCUCUUACCUAUUUGAUACCCCCUUAUUUUGCCUAAGGGCCAAGCACAGGCCUGUCACUGAACAUCUGCUGGCUGCCAUCCAGUCUUGGAAGACUCCCAACUGCCAUACAACGUAACUUCUGAAACUUGCAGCUACAUAGAAUGGUAACCAGUAAAGAGCAAUCGCAUGAUCCUCGGACACAAAGCAAGCUAAGUGAAAGCUGCAGAUGAUGUACAAAAGAGGAUGAAAGGUACACACUGGUAAUGUUUUCUUUCAUCUCUGAACAUGGCAAUUAUGGAGGCAGAAAGCUGGGGUUGAUGCUGAGAGUAAUGCACAUCAAGGCCCAAACUUACUCACAGGAUGGACUUAGUAUCUCUUAAAGUGUUGUGGUUUUUUCAUUUCUCUCAAUAAUAUGGUUUGUCUUAAAAUAGCAACUAUUACCUAUGCAAUGGAAUUCAAAUUUUGUGCCAGCUGCAGUAUCUGGACUUUUUUACAAACAUUGCCUUUUACAACUGUAUAUAGAUACAGACCAAUGUAGAUGUACACAGCCUGAGACACACACCACCACCCCGCCCCCAAUAUUCGGGAGGUGGCAGUCACAAAUGGAAACAACACAGAGUCAUGGAAUAGUUUGGUUUGGAAGGGAUCUUUAAAGGUCAUCUAGUCCAACUCCUUGCAAUGAUCGGGGACACCUUCAGCUAGAUCAGGUUUCUCAGAGCCCCAUCCAACCUGAUCAUUAAUUUCUCCAGGGAUGGGACAUCUACCACCUCUCUGGUCAACAUGUUCCAGUCUUUCACCACCCUCACUGUAAAAAAUUUCUUCCUUCUAUCUCAUCUGAAUCUUCCUUCUUUCAAUUUAAAACCCUUACCCCUUUUCCUGUUGCAACAGGUCCUGCUAAAAGGUUUGUUCCCGUCUUUCUAAUAAGCCUGUCUUAACUACUGAAAGGCUGCAGUAAACUCUACUCAAAGCCUUAGAGAAGGCUCCAGUCUGAAUAAUCCCAGCUCUCAGCCUGUCCUCAUAGGAGAGAUGUUCCAUCUCUCUGAUCAUUUUUGUGGCACUCUUCUGGACCCACUCCAACAGGUCCAUAUCUUUCCUGUGCUGAGGGCUCCAGAGCUGGAUACAGUACUCCAGGUGAGGUCUCACCAGAGCAGAGUAGAGAGGCAAAAUCACUUCCCUUGACCUGCUGGCCACACUUCUUUUGAUGCAGCCUAGGAUAAAGUUGGCCAUCUGGGCUGCGAGUGCACAUUGCUGACUUGCAUCUGGCUUUUCAUGCACCGAUACCCCAAAGUCCUUGGGACGUCUGCUCUCAAUCCCUUCGUCCCCCAGCUGAUAUUGAUACUGGGGGUGACCCUGACCCAUGUCCCUCUACACGGCAACUUUUCCCUCAAGCAUGUCAGCCACACCACUCAGCUUGGUGUCAUCUGCUAACUUGCUGAGGGUGCACUCAAUCCUUCUGUCUGUGUCACUGAUGAAGUUAUUGAACAGUACUGGUCCCAAUAUGGACACCUGAGGGACACCACUUACCACUUGUCAAUUAUCUCCAUCUGGACAUUGAGCUAUUGACCACUACCCUCUGGAUGUGACCAUCCAACCAAUUCCUCGUCCACCAAACAGUCCACCCAUCAAAUCCUUAUCUCUACAAUUUAGAGAGAAGGAUGUUGCAGGGGGCGUCACUCCCCUUCCUCGUCCAAGUAGUAUCAGUAAAAUCUUUCUCUCAAGGUGAAGCUGACUUAUGCCACAUUAUAGGGAAAACUUAUGCUUUAAACACUUUUGAAUGCUUCUUCUAAAGGUCUUUUCUUCCCCGUAUUCUUCAGCUUACAAAGCCAAGUUGCCGCAGUUCCCAUGUAGAGGCUGCCAUUGAAACUUUACAGCCUGUAAAACUAAGCCAAAUGAACUACACUUUAAUGAGGGUGUCAUGAAUUUAAGGCAACAUAUCUUACAAUCAUAGCUGUUAAAUGCAACAAUUUCUGCAUAAGCAUGAGACAUACAGCAAACUUACAUCAAUUGAAAGCCUAGACUCUUAGCUCCCCAUGAGGUAAAGCUGUCUACUCCUAAUAGUUUCAGAAGUGUAACUUUAAGCUUCUGCAUUGCAAAGUACUGCCUAAAGUAAAUACGAUUCUCAUAAACCAGAGGUUGGGUGGCCCUCUGAUGCCAGCUCAUAUGGAAAGGAUGGUUGCACAGCAUCAGGGAUGCACCAGCUCACUGCAGAGAUCAAAGCAUUUGUAUCACUAAAUACUGAUAGAAGGAGAUGAUGAUCAUACAGACAGGUGCUAUUUCUCAAAUCCACUGAUGAGUGACAUACCUUGCUUAAUUCUGAUGUCCUCAGUGUCUUUGUUUUGUUACUCCACAGGCUUUUGCAUUGGUGACACCCAGCAGUUUUUGGAGAACAAGACUGGCUGUUGCUAGCUAUUACAUGAUCUGAAACAGGUUUCCAAAUAACUAUGGCAAACAAAACUGUGAAUGAUUUGUCAAUGCAAAGUUAAUAAUCUUUAUCUCUUGCAUUUAUUGUGUGCUCAUCCCAGGGUUAUCUGAGCUUCCAUGCCUGCUCUUGGAAAUAAUAAACCAUUUUAUUAUUGUCUUUAUCUUUUCUUCUUCUCCUUCUCAAGCAAGCUUUCAAAAGAAAAAAAAAAAAGAAAAAGAAAAAAAAAAAAGAAAAAGAAAAAUCAUGUUCCCUUGAAAACGUAGCACCCUUUUCCUAAUCUCAUUGAAGUCAAUAUGGAUUUUGCCACCAGCCUCACUGACAGCAGACUUGUGCUCACUUGUGCAACAUUUUGAAGCUCACAAAGGGCAUGAUGAUUCUGCAAAGAUUGAAUGGGCUGAAAAUGAAAUAGUGACAUUCAUCUGCAAUAUUUCAAACCACCUUCAAACCCCUUCUGGACAGAAAAUAAAACACAACCCAAACUAUCUUACUUUGAGUGGUCCUACCUAAGUAUUGAGCAAACUUUAUAAUAAUGGUAAUAAAAUGGUGCUUGAGGCAGUUUCAGCUAUAUUACAUAUUCUCUGUAUACUAUAGAUAUGGAUGUAUUCACCCUCUAUAUUGUAUAUGUAUGUGUGUGAGUAUUUACAUGUAGCACACAUACAUAUAUGUUUUAUGUAUGCAUAGAUACUAACUUUUCUAAGUUUUACUUCUUCCCCUCACAUAGCUGAAACUGCUGGUUACUAACAUCCACGUCAUAUUCUAUGUAUGAAGGAUAUAAUUUAUUUGUAAACUCAGGAUGUUCUUGUUUUAUAGAGUUGCUUGUAUUUUAUAAUUUAUUUACACAUCAUGGUUGGAAAUGCUUAUCUAAGUGCUAUGCAUUGAAGUGUAUGUUUGCUAAAUCCAUUUCACUCUGUCCGUGGCUAUGUUCUUUCUCAUUAUAACAGUGGUAUAAAAUAGGGCUAAGGAGGGGACAAACUGAUGGAUACACAACUUAUGCUGGUCCCACCAGUGAGUAAUUCCAGAAGAGGAUGUAUCAGUAGUGGAUAUAUAUAUUUUAUCAACUAAAUUUUAUGGGGAAAAAAAAGCAAAAGAAAGAACAACAUGAGGACUAGUUCCAAAUGUGGAAAGUCACAGCCAUUACCAAGUUGGUCAAAAACCGCAUUGAGCCUUUUGCCAUUAAAAUUGUACAGUUUAUUGUUUGCUGGCUAAAAAAUAUCCCUUUUGUGGUAUCUGAGGUGUGAAACAUUGUCAAAAAUAUGAUGUCUGGAAAAAAAAAUCAAACUAUAGUGGCAUUAAAUGUUUACUUUUAUCUUA